ACUCCAUGAAGCGUUAGCAUUGCAGAAAACCGGCUCUUGACCGUCGUGCCGAAGAUACAAGUUUUAUGAGACGUUUCUGUUUGAAGAGGGUUGAGGAAAAAUUGUGAGAGCUAUAUCCGCAUUCAUCGGCCUUGUAGCAUCUCACGGUUUGCUAUGGCAGAAGCUGAAGAACUGGGUUUGUCUGCUGAAGAACAUUUGGAAGCUUUAGAUGCCAUAGAAAAUGGACAAGAUGUUGAUGUAGGGGAUGGUGGUGAUGUUGAUGCAUCGGGAGCAGGUAGUGGUGGUGUGGAUGACCCCGAAUUGGAAGCAAUUAAAGCAAGAGUCAGAGAAAUGGAGGAAGAAGCAGAGAAACUAAAGCAGUUACAGUCUGAAGUUGAUAAGCAGAUGAAUUUGGGUAGUCCUCCUGGCAUGACAAGCCCCUUAAACAUGUCACUAGAAGAGAAAAUGGAAGUAGAUAACAGGUCUAUAUAUGUUGGCAAUGUUGAUUAUGGUGCUACAGCAGAAGAAUUAGAACAACAUUUUCAUGGCUGUGGGUCAAUCAAUCGUGUUACUAUUUUAUGUAAUAAAUAUGACGGUCAUCCUAAGGGCUUUGCUUACAUAGAAUUUGCAGAAAGGGAAUCUGUUCAAACUGCAAUGGCAAUGGAUGAAUCAUUAUUUAGAGGGAGGCAGAUUAAGGUGAUGCCAAAACGAACCAACCGCCCUGGUAUGAGCAUGACGAACCGUCCACCAAGAGGGAGAGGAUAUCGUGGCAGUCGAGGAAUCAGAGGCUCAGCUUAUUAUGGCUACAGACCACGAAGAGCACGAGGUUAUCGAGGAAGGGCUGCAUACUACAUGCCGUACUGAAGUAUUUACAAGACUUCAUGAAUUUUAUGAUGUGUCAUUGGAUAUCCUGAUUUGUAGUUUCAAAAGGACAUCAAGGUUUCUGGAAACCUAGAGUCUCUGUAUGUAUUUCUUUCAGUUAAUUCCUGUGGGAAAAGAUUGUUCCACGUGUUAUAGUACUUUCUAAUGAUUUCAUUUGAAUGUCAAAGGAUGUGUGAGAGUGUGAAAGAUAAUGAAAAUGGAAUAGUUUAUAAUGUUCUCCCAAUUUUUUGUUCCUCCCUGAAUUUUAUUAUUUUUAAGGUGUGUAUGUGUCAAGGGAUUGACAGUUCGGGAAAUUGUAAAUUACUAAUAGUAAAGCACUUAUUUGUUUACUGCAAGGUUUGACUGACUUCAAAAUUGUGUUCCUGUACAUUUGAAUAGAUUGACUUUUCUGGAGGCUGUUAGUGUAGAUGGUUAAUCUUGUAGUUCGUACUUGAAUAUUAAGUGCGCAUAAAAAACUGUAAUUCUUUGGAAGGUUGCGUACUGUUUUAAAAUCUCAAAAACUUCUGCAGACAUUUGUCAUGGGUUUGCUAUUGUAUGUAUGUUAUGUACUAUACAAUGGAAGAUUCUGGAAGAGUGAAGAGUACGUUCAUAACAUAAUAUAUAAAUAAAAAUAUAACUGUACCCAAAAAUUAUGACAAAGUGCACUAGUCUGGCUAUUCAUUUUAUGUUAAGCACAAUGCAGCAUGGAGGUAUUGUAAUCACUUGUAAACAGAAAUAAUGCUUUUACUAUAUUGGGUGGUUUAUUGCUCUAAUACUGUACUUAUACCAGACAGAAAAAUACAUUGUGCUCAAUCAUACUUUACUUACUCUUUUACUGUCUUUAAUAUUUAUAUGUUGCUAAUUUUGAUUUUAUUUCUGUGAAACCUUAGCUGAGGAGCAGAUUUUCGAGGAAUGUUUGAUUUCGAAAAUAUUUGUAGUCUUAGUUAUUCUUAUACUAGACAAUACAAAUUUCUGAAGUUUCUUUAAAUUUUGAAAAAUGUGUUAACAUGAUCAAUCAUUCCUGUGAAAUUUUAUGAUCCUCUUCCUCUGAAUUAAAGUGAUAUUUCUGUUAGUUUUACCUAAACAAUGGAUGUAUAGUUGUGUAUACUUAGCAUGAAGAGAGAUUUUAACAUGCAUGCUGUAGCAGUAGACAACCAUGCACCUGAUGAGUGUCUAGUUAUUUAAAUUGUUAAUUUUUUCAAUGCUUUAUUUAUAAAAAACAUGUCUUAUGACCAUUCUCGAAUGAGGAAUUACAGAAUGUAUUUUGGGCAGGUUUGUGAACUUUUUUUUUUUUUUAGAAUUGUAAGGAGUUAAAAUUACGUUCUGAUAUGGUUAAUAUUGGAACAUGAAAGAAGUGGAAUAUUUUGUUUAAGACAAUAAAAUCUUUAAUGAAAAAAAUUCUUACUGCCACCUCAAGGUUUACAGUAAGGCAGCUUUUAGGUGGAAUGAUAUUUGUACAUCUUAAGUUUUUGCAGUGAAUUUGUAAUAAACAAUCAAACUGUAUAAGGUAUUUGCCAGUAUUUAGGUACUAAUAUAAAGUUUUAUAAAAUUUGAGUCAAUCUUUGAAAUUCUACAUUUAAUAUUAAGAUUCACCAAAGCCAAAUCCAGCAUACACUGGCAGCUAAACCAGAGUUUAGGUAUCUUACAUUUUCUAAGAAAGUAGUGUAAAUUAGAGACUAUACAUACUUGAAGCAUUUAUAGUACUAUGGAACAAUUUUGUAAAUAUUGCAGUUUGAUAUUUUGUAUUAAAAUGGUGUAUUUCAUUGGCAUAGUAUUUUGUUACAUAUAAUAGUAAACUCAUGACAAUUGUAUAGGACAGUGAUUUUUCAGUUUAGCGUGUAUGAAGUCAUUAUUGUUAAUUAUUUCUCAUUUCUUAUUUGUUUUUUCUGGUACCAAAGUCCACACACUUCAGAAUUUUAUUACCCUAAACGGUUCUGCUUGGCUUAAAGAAUGUAGCGAAAGAAGCAUUUUUCUUAAUGCACAAUGAAAUGUGCAUGUUAAUAGGUGGUAGUAAUUGUUCCAUGCAAUUUUUGGUGAUAUUUUUUUCCUCUGCUUCAUCUCCAAUUCCUGUUUUUUUCCUUGUAAUUUUAUUUCAUUCCAUUUUGUUUUAUUAGAAACCUAUACCAGUUUCCUUUCAUCCACCUUGCAGUGUGUGUUUUUCAGGAACAACACCAGGAAUCAAGUGCUUUGGAAUGCUUCUAAGAUUUUGAAGAAAAAAUAAUUUAGUUAAAAAAUUACAGGAAAUGAACAGAAAAGGAAAAUGUAAAAGAUGUGUGGUGUAAAGUAUCAAUAAAGAUAUGAAGAGUAAAGUACA